AUGCACCAACACUCAUGUGCCAUUCAUAAGAGACUCAAACUGUCAGUGGAAAUAGAAAACGGAAAUGAAACGGCAAAUUUAGCACCACAAUUAGACUCGACGCCGCCAGAAGACGAAACGGCAAAUUCAGCUCCAAAACUGGACUCGACGCCGCCAGAGGACAAGCAACAGUCGCAUUCAAAGAACGCCACGCAACAGUUUCCCUCAACAAACGCCACACAUCAACCUUCUUCAAAUAGCACCUUCCAACAACUUCUUCUAAAUAGCGUCAUGAAACAAUUUGCUUCAACAAACGCCACGCAACAUCAUUCUGCAAAUAACGCCACACAACAAGUUCCUCUAACAAACGACAUGCAAGAAUUUUCUCCAGCAAACGCCUUACUGCAGUCUCAAUCAACAAAAGUCAUUCAACAACUUCCCUCAACAAACGCCAUACAACGAUUCUCUCCAACAAAUGCCAUGCAGCAACCUUCUCUGGCAAACACCAUGCAAAAAUUCUCCUCAACAAACGCCUCGCAGGAGUCUCCGCCAACAAAGCCACUUAAAACGGACAAUUGGGCACCAAGUUCAGACAAAACCGCAAUGCCGCUCCCAGGAGUCAAACUCCCGAAAAGCCACGCUCAAUGGUUAGAAGCCAACACCUACUUCCAACUACAACGACACACUCUACCAAACUUCGACAAUCUAAACAACUUCACUGUUGCAUUUCAAACCAUGAUAUACAACUACUUUGCAAAAAGUUAUGGUUCAAUCAAGCAUAAAGUGGAAUCUGACGUCAAUAAUAAUCAUCAAAUUAGGUUAUUAAAAAAAGAAUUGAAGCACCUCAAGCAGCCGGGCCACGAAAAUCAUCAUUUCGAUGCCAAAUAG